UUAAAGAAGGAAAGCAAAGAUGAGGGCCCGCAGAAAAAAUCUGGAUUGUAUUGGCAUCUUCGUUCCCAUCCUCCACACGCUGGUGCCAUUCGUCAAGGCCGGAGGCUAGGCCCUCCCUCACGGCCAUCCUUAUCGAAAGAAAACGUCAACACCAGCACCCCUACCCACUUGACUUUGACCGUUGACUCGCUGACAUCACCCCCGCACCAUUCUUAAGGCCCCGGCCCGCACUUCCCCCACCGUCCCCAGCAGCUCAGCAUCCCUCGCCAGUAGCCAUGGAUGCGGUCGUCGCCGGACUGCCCGGGCAGCAGGCGAGGAGGCGGAUCCGGCCACCGGAGCCGCUCGUGAUGGCCGCUUCUCCAUCAACGCCAGCCGCGUUCCGGUGCCCGAUCUCGCUGGAGGUGAUGCGGUCGCCCGUGAGCCUCCCCACCGGCGCGACCUACGACCGGACCUCCAUCCAGCGGUGGCUCGACUCCGGCCACCGCACGUGCCCGGCCACGCGGCUGCCGCUGCUGUCCACCGACCUGGUGCCCAACCUCCUCCUGCGCCGGCUCAUCCAUCUCCACGCCGCCACGCUGCCGCCGUCCCCCUCGCCCGAGGAGGUGCUCUCGCAGCUCGCCGCCUCGCACGGGGAGCCCGCGGCAGCGGAGAAGGCCGUGCGCUCGCUGGCCGCCAAGAUCGCCCCCGAGAAAGGGAAGCAGGCCUCCGUGGCGUCCGCCGUCGCCGCUGACCUCGAAUCCACCGUGCCGGCGCUACUCUCCUUUGCCAAAGGAGGCGCCGGCGCCGACGCCCGCGUCGACGCAGUGAAGAUCCUCGCCACCGUGGCGCCGGAGAUUGCGACUUACAUAACCGGGGACGGGACGGAGAUUAAGCGUGGCAAGGUCAAGAUGGCCGUGGAGGCCUUGGCUGCCGUCUUGUGCGCGGGCGGAGUUAGCGAAGAGGCCAAGAAAGCCCUGAUCUCCGCCCUCGUGGCCGCCGAUCUGGGACGCGUCGUCACGACGCUGCUCGCCGCGGGACCAACCGGCGUCGUGGUCCUCGAGGCGAUCCUGACGUCGCCCGUGCCGGACGCCGACGCCAAGACCGCCAUCGCCGACAGGCCGGAGCUGUUCCCGGAUCUGGUGAGGAUCCUCAGGGAAGCCGCAUCGCCGGCAGCUAUCAAGUGCAUGGCCGCGGCUGUGCAAGUCCGCGGGCGGCCCGCGCGGGCGUCCAUGGUCCGCGCCGGCGCCGUCCCCGCUCUCGCGCUGGCCGUGUCCGCGGCGCCCACGGCCGCGGCGGAGUCCGCGCUGGUGUUGCUAGUGGAGGCGGCCCGCUGCAGCGACGGCAAAGCGGCCAUCGCGGGCGACGCGGCGGGGAUGGCGGCGGCCGUGAUGGGGAGGAUGAUACGGGUCGGCCCAGUGGGCCGCGAGGCCGCCGUGGAAGUGCUGUGGUUGUCCUGCUGCGCGGGGGGCGGGGAGCGGAGAAUGAGGGAGGCGCUGGCGGCGGCGCCGGAGGCGGUGGGGAAGCUGCUCGUGGUGAUGCAAGGGGAUUGCUCGCCCGCGACGUCGAGGAUGGCCGGCGAGCUCUUGAGAGCGGUGAGGAUGGAGCAGGAGAGGAAAGGCAUGGCCGCCGCCUACGACAGCCGUACCAUCCAUGUCAUGCCUUACUGAUGUAGCGGCCGCGCGUCGCCUUUGUACUUAGCACGUAAAUUUAUCGAGGUAAUUAACCCGCUGCGGUAGGUAAUUGGCCGGAGAACAUCACAAUUCGGGGAACCGGCUUGCAGUUGCAGAUGUGCUGCUUCCAUUGGAGAAAUCGCUGUACAAACUGAAUACGGAGUAAUAACAAGAACGAUAUUUUGAUCGCACUUA